AGUUGUGUUUCCAUGCUGACUGCGCUGAUUACGAACUGGAGUUGCAUGUAACGGGGGAAGUAAAAGGAACUUUUUGCACCCCCUGCGCUACAAAAGGAGCAUACGAUGGCUGAUCCUGGACCAAUGAUGUUGGAACUUUCACAAAUAGAAAGCUCAGGAGAAUACAGAGUUGUAUUCAAACUAACGGGAAAUGUCACAAAAGAAACAACAUGUAGCAAGGAAACAGGAGACCUACUCCUUAAUACCAACACAGAUCAUGCUGCCAAACCUAUCAUUACAAGAAGUCUUCUAAAAAAGGCAGCAAAUCCUUCAGAUUUCUCAAGUAAAGGAUCUGACCAGAACAUAGACACUGAAGAUUACUUUCCUCAACCUGAUGCACUUGAAGAGAACCCAACAGACACUGGUGCUAUAAAGUUCAUUUGGUCCAGACAAUCGACAUCGAUACUACUUGACCAGGUCAAAGAGAAAGACCAGCUAGUAAGAGCCGGAAAAAUGACGAAGAAGAGAAUGUAG